AUGGCAAGAUCCACCAAAUUAACAAAUGCAUCCGUCCGAAUUACCGAAUUAUCAAUUCGUUUAUGGACUCAAAAUUACAAAGAAACGCUUGAGCUGUGGAUAUCCGAACAGAUAAAGUUCCCAAGCUGGAUUCUCAAGGACUUGAAAGAUGAUUUUAGAUGCGCACGACCAUCGGAACGUCGAACAUGGUUUGUUUCGAUGGCAAGGGUCGUAUUCGAAAAUAUAAUUCUCCCUAAGAAAUUCUUCAGGAACUUCAAACAGGCUCAAAUAUUAGAAGAUGAAGGCUCUCAUGAUAAAAAAUACUUGAUGCCGAAGUUACCAUGA